UAAAAAGAAUGUAGGAAGACACAGCUGUGCAGCGUGGGGAAGAGCCUUAAAGUUGAACAGCUGUGUGGCAAGCCAGUUUUCUGAAAAUUUAACACCCAGUUUCUAAAUCUCCUGCUUUUGGAGAGGGAUCUGUUCUUUGGGGUAAAGUAGUAUUACGAGAAGUGUGUGUGGGGGGGAAGACAAGCACUAAAAGUAACCAUCACAAUUAAAAAUAAAGAAGAAAGUACAGGUUGAAUUUUCAAGUAUUUUGCAGAUUCUAAUGACUUUUUCUUGGUUAUUGUGGUAGAGUCUCUAACUUAAAUUUCCCAGAAAUUUAGUUAGUUAUAAUAAAAUUAGAACAAAAUAAAUUGGGAGCAGAGGAAAGUAGACAAAACCUCCUUUUUAAAAAGAGAUCCACUCUGUAUUUGCAAAAGUGGUAAAGGAGCUACUAAUAAUAAGGAAACAGAGUAGCGUCAAAGCUUUAGAAAAAUGAUGUUUUUAAAAGAAAUGACCUAGAGGGUGCAGGAUAGAUUUUUGGAUCUUCCCUUCCUCCCCUUCCUUUUCUCGGUGGGGUGAGGUAGAUGGAGAGAUUUUUGGCAUUGGAGUUAUUAGGAAAAUUCUUUAGGCAAGUCUACCUUCUUUAAUAUCACAUCUGAUGAUCUAACUUUAGAAGUUAGGCUUCCCUGACACGAGAGCCAUAUUGUAAAAUCAUUCACAAAGAGUUUAAGCUGUUCUGUUGGGUUUUUUGUUUAUUUAAAAAGUAAAGUAAAAGGGAGGAAUAGAAGACUCUUUAAAAAUUCUUGUUCAGCCCCGUGUUCGAAUCAGUGCAGUAGAGCGGAUAUAAACAAGACAAGAAGAGCUUCAAAUUAAGGGUUGCAGUGCUGGGAACAGCCCCCCAAUCCUCUGGAAUUGGGUGGCACGUGGCGGGAUCGGCCAUCGUGCAGGAUGGACACCUUGAAACGGAGUCGAGCGCAAGCCUGGCCGGAGGAGACGGGGGACAGGGAGCAUGGACUCUAUAGUUUGCACCGCAUGUUUGACAUUGUGGGCACUCACCUGACCCACCGGGACGUACGUGUGUUGUCCUUUCUCUUUGUGGAUGUGAUUGAUGACUAUGAGAGGGGGAUGAUCCGCAGCGGCCGGGACUUCCUGCUGGCACUAGAAAGGCAGGGCCGCUGUGAUGAGACCAACUUCCGCCAGGUGCUGCAGCUGCUGAGGAUUAUCACGCGCCAUGACCUGUUGCCCUAUGUCACGCUGAAGAGGAGAAGGGCUGUGUGCCCAGACCUCGUGGACAAGUACCUAGAAGAGACGUCCAUUCGUUACGUGAUGCCUCGAGCUCACAGCGACGCAGAGCAUGGUCUCACCCACCCCCACAAAUCAGUGCCUCCCCAUCACCCUGUGGUCUGCCGCUCCUCCGCUGGACCUCCGAUCUGUACCAAGAGGCCUGGCCGUGGGAGAGCCCUCCUCAGUAGCCAGCAUAAGAGGAGGAAGUCAAUGACGCCGGAUCCUAAAGAGAAACAGACUUGUGACAUCCGCCUGCGAGUCCGAGCCGAGUACUGCCAGCACGAGACAGCGCUCCAGGGCAACGUCUUCUCCAACAAGCAGGAUCCCCUGGAGCGGCAAUUUGAGCGCUUCAACCAGGCCAACACCAUCUUAAAAUCCCGGGACUUGGGCUCUAUCAUCUGUGACAUAAAAUUCUCAGAGCUCACCUACCUCGACGCCUUCUGGCGCGACUACAUAAACGGCUCGUUGCUGGAGGCCCUCAAGGGCGUCUUCAUCACGGACUCGCUAAAGCAAGCCGUGGGCCAUGAGGCCAUCAAGCUGCUGGUCAACGUGGACGAGGAGGAUUAUGAGGUUGGGCGCCAGAAACUCCUGCGGAACUUGAUGCUGCACACGGCCCCUUGACCCUCCCCCGGGCUUGGCCUUGGCUGCUCUUUGGGAGCCAAUCGUUUCGUUUCGUUUUUU